CUCUCUCUCUCUUUUUCAAACAAACCCUAACUCCCUGGCUCGAAUCUGGCUCUUGCAUAUUCGAUUCCUGGUUUGUUUUGUGAGUUUUAGGGUUUUAAUGGUGUGAAAUCAGGGCUAGAGUGUGAGAAAUCGAAGAUCUGUGACAUAAUUGUUAGGUAUUUUAAAGAGAAAGUAUGGCGUCCUCAAAUGACGAGCUCGAGCAACAGCUCAUAGAGGCUGGAAAUAAGCUUCUGGAUCCUCCUUCGUCGGUUGAUGAACUCCUUCCUCUUCUUGAUCAAGUUGAGAAUUGUCUAGCAAGGGUGGAACAAUCACCUGCGGAUUCCAUGCAAAAGGCACUUUCUGAUUCACAAAAAGCUUUGCUUGAUGAUCAACUUUUCAAGCAUUCAGACAUUGAUGUGAAAGUUUCUGUGGCUUCAUGCAUCAGUGAGAUAACGAGAAUAACUGCACCUGAUGCUCCUUAUAGUGAUGAUGAGAUGAAGGAAGUUUUUCAGCUGAUUGUAUCAUCAUUUGAAAACUUAUCUGACAAAUCUAGUCGAUCAUAUGCUAAGAGAACAUCAAUUCUUGAAACUGUUGCCAAGGUUAGGUCGUGUGUUGUCAUGUUGGAUCUUGAAUGUGAUACACUAAUUGUUGAGAUGUUCCAGCAUUUCCUCAAGACAAUAAGGGAUCAUCACCCUGAGAAUGUCAUUUCAUCGAUGGAGACAAUAAUGACUCUUGUUGUAGAAGAAAGUGAAGAUAUUUCUCUGGAGCUUCUAACCCCAAUCUUAGAGUGUUUAAAAAAGGACAAUGAGGAAGUUCUGCCUUUUGCUCGGAAGUUGGGGGAGAGAGUGCUUGAAGCCUGUGCUGCAAAUCUUAGACCAUACCUACUAGAAGCAGUUAAAUCUACCGGCAUUUCUUUAGAAGAUUACAGUACAGUCGUUGCUUCUAUCUGCCAUGAGGCUUCUGGUGCUGCUGAGCAGAAUGAUGUUUCUAAUGAACAUAAGGCUGACGAGAAUGAGAGCAAGUCAGUCGGGGCAUCACUGGAUGAGCCGGCUCAGGUGGACAAAGAGAUUGCAACAGAGGCAGCUUCUACUGAACAAAUUGAUCCUGCAAAUGACGGAUCAUCCAAGUCAGUCGUGAACAAUGGUGUAACACUGGCUGGAGAAGAUGACUCUUCAAAGAAGAAAGAGCAUGGUCUUCAUACUGAACAGUCCAAAAAUGUUGAUACAUUGAGCAAUGCAGAACCUGAUAUUUCAGGCAGUGAUAAGGUGGUUAACGCAGAACAUAAGCCUGAACAAACUACCAAAAGGAGAGGCAAGAAACCUAAUUCUUUGGUGAAAGUGACAGAACCUUCCGACAGUUCUCAAAUUGAUGUUGAAAAGGAAGCUGAGACACUUCUGGAUCAUAAUAGUGGCAGCAAGGAUGUUCCGAGUUCACCUCGUGAGGAACCAUUGGUUGAGGGGGCUGUGUCUUCAGCAACUGAAAAAGAGACCAGUAUUAAGAUUUCUUCUCCUAAGGCUACAAAAAGUGAAUCUGCAGAUGCUGUUUCCCCUUCUGCGAGUGGAAGCCUUCCUAAUGAAGGUCGUGCCCAAAGGAGCAGCCGAUCAAAGAGAAAAGAGAGUUUGGUUAAAGAGGCCACACCAUCUGCUGAUGAUGUUUCUAGAAAGGCAUCUGAAGGAACAAGUGAUUCAGAAGCAAAACCACAUAAGCAGUUGGGAAAAAAGGUGCUUACUGGGUCUGGUAAUGAGGAUAAAAUUCCAACUGGAGAAGGUUCAAAGAAAGAAAGCAGCACCUCUAAUGAUUCAGAAGCAAAGCUGCUGAAAUCAGCUAAAAAAGUUGAUGUCAGCAGUAACAAUGGAGAUGGAUCCGCGUUAAAGCAGCCAGAUGAUAAGAAAAGGAAGGAAAAAGCUAUUUCUGGAAAAGAUGUAACAAAAUCAUCAACAAAGGAGGAUAAAGAAUUGGUUUCUUCACCAAAGUCAGCUGCAAAACCAAUUAAGGAUGAGCGUCGUUCUGAGGACAGUCCUAAGACGAAUUCCAAGAGGAAGCGGACUCCUGGGAAAGAAAAGGCAACUGAUACUGAGGAACUUGGUGAGAAUCUGGUUGGUUCAAAGGUCAAAGUCUAUUGGCCGCAUGAUCGAAUGUUUUAUAAAGGUGUUAUUAAAUCAUUUGAUUCUGCUAAAAAGAAGCACAGGGUUCACUAUGAUGAUGGCGAUAUAGAGACCUUGAAUCUUAAAAGGGAGAAGUGGGAGUUCAUUGGUGAUGAUUCUGUCUCUGAUGAGGAACAAGCAGCUGAUAGCCCAAGUCCUGAUGCUUCCUCUGAAAUGCCGCUGAAGAAGAAAGUGAAAACAAGUUCUGAUCAGUCUACUAAGCACGGAAAGAUAGAAGCUUCACCAAAGAGGGGUGGAGGGGCUUCUUCUAGCAAAUCCAAAGGUGCAUCCUCGAAAUCUGGUCGUAAAUCCAAGGAGGAAAGUAAAGUUGAUGGCAAAUCCAAAGAUGGUUCUAAGAGUAUUACUAAAUUAGAGACUGACAAUGUUAGCAAAAUUAAGGAUCAUGCAUCAAAAAGUGGCAGUAAAUCAGUUGAUGUUUCUUCGAAGUCGGCAAGCAAAUCCAAGAAUGAACCAACUGAAACAGCCAAGUCUAGCAAAUCGAAGGAGGGUGGAUUGGGCACACCCAAAACUUCCAAAUCCAAGCAAGACACUCCGAGGACUGGCAAGUCCAAACAAGAAACUCCUAAGAUAUCUUCCAAUUCAAAGGCCAAAUCCCCUAAAACUGUUGGAAAAUCUAAUGCUAAUGGCAAAUCAAAAUCUAGUUCAUCAAAGGUGAAAGAGAGUGAGGAUGUAAAGGAUUCACCUGAUUCUGGAAAAGUGUCAGAAAGUAUGAAGGGUAAGUCAUCAAGUCCAUCCAAGACACAAGGAAGUGAGGCGAAGACUGGGAAAAAGCGACGAAGAGGAUCUAAAAGCUGAUCAUUUACUUGAAAAUGAGUUGAAGCUGGCUGUUUUACUCCUCUUCAUAUCAUUUGGAAGCCUUGGAUCUAUUCAUUGCAGCUUUCUUCCAUGUCAAAGUGUUGCACUCACAGUAAGCCAUUGCAUUUGGUUUUUGUUACAAUCUUGUGAGAUGAUACCCUCUGGUCAUGGCUAGCCUUGUGACAUCCACAGUUUAGUUUAUAGUGGUUGUAGGUUAAGUUAGUUUUUUAUGUUUCUAUUCUUGUCUCUAAAUCGGUACUUUAAAAGUUGCCUAAGCCACAGUAGUACUAGUAUACAUUGGAUUAGCUUUGUUAAAGAAAUUGCUUUUAUAGAUAGUGUAAUAGAUUCAGAUACUUGCUCUUGGCAAGGCAUAUCAUCUAACUGCAUCGAUGCAUCAAAGUGCCGGCCCAUAUGUGGUUUAUGCUUUA